AUGAAUGCAAUGGUGGAAGCUUUGGCCUUCUUCCUGGGGUUUCUGGCCUGGCUGAUGGUUGGAAUCGCGCUUCCAAAUCGAUACUGGAAGGUCUCUUCAGUGGACGGUAACGUUAUCACCACAUCAACCAUCUAUGAAAACCUAUGGAUGUCCUGUGCAACUGACUCUACAGGAGUUCACAACUGCCGCGAUUUUCCAUCUUUGCUCGCACUUAAUGGGUACAUUCAGGCCUCCCGGGCACUCAUGAUCGCUGCCAUUGUGUUUGGGACGUUUGGGCUCGUGGCUACUCUCGCAGGAAUGAAGUGCUCAAAAAUAGGAGGAGAAAACUACGUCCUUAAGGGGAGGAUCGCUGCGAUUGGAGGAGUCUUCUUUGUACUACAGGGGAUUUGCACCAUGAUUGCUAUAUCUUGGUAUGCAGCAAACAUCACGCAGCAGUUCUUUGACCAGUUUUAUCCAGGGACAAAAUAUGAGAUUGGAGAGGGCUUGUAUAUCGGGUGGUCUUCAGGGACACUUGCCAUUUGUGGAGGUUCAUGCCUGAUGUUUGCUUGCAAACUCAACAACCCGAAUGAAAAAAUACCAUAUCCAUACCAACCAUCCUCCAGAGGACAAGUGCUGCCGACUGUGGCAAUGUCUCAGUCUGUCCCGAGCAACUAUGGAAGAAAUGCUUAUGUGUGA